CACGGAUCUCAAGACAACCUUGCCCGGGCAAUUGGCCUGCCAAUCCCCCCCUCUGCCCUCGCUAUCCAACUUCCUCUCCCUCGCAACGGCGGCCGCAAUCGCCUCUCUAAAACCAACCCCCGGGCAUUCAUCCACGUCCUCGCGAGAGGGGGGCAAUGACCAUCACCCCGCCGAACCAUGGCUGAUUCGGCCAGGUCCUCGGACAAGAUCCCCCGGCCCCCCCUCAAGUCCAAGGCCGUCCGCUCUAACAAGAUAUCCGGUCCCUUGCCCGGCGAUCCGCCGCGCCCCUCACCACCUCCGCCUGUCGCCGGCCUGCCCGACGAUCUCGAAGACUUCAGCGACCGUGACAUCGACCACCGUCGUGUCCCCUCCGCCCCCGGCGGCACCCUCCCCCGUUCUCACACAUCCGGCCAUCUCCCAUCCAAGAGUCAGGACCGUUGCCGCAAACCCUCCGAGCUGUCCAUUCGCCAACGCUCCCAAUCGGCCUCGCAAACACAAGCAGCACAGGUACACCCACCUUCCCGUACUGCUCUCACGACUUCCAGCACUCCCAAGCCACCGCCGCCUUCCUUCCGACCCAACAACACUGCCAGCGAUGCCACAACCCUGAAUAGCAACGAUGGUUCUGAGUCCACCGGCGGCCACGGUUCCGACCGUGAUGGCCGCCUCCCGAUUGCCAUGCGCUCCACGUCCGCAAUAGCCGGCAAGCACUCACUCCCUUUCUCAUCGUCCUCGAUACGACAGCCCUCCGUUACGACCUCUUCAUCCCGACCUGCCCCAAAGGGCCAGUAUACCCCCUUCCCGCCUCUUCAGGACCCCAAGACAGCGCCAGAUGUACCCCCGGCUCCUUCAUCAGGCAUGUACUGGUCCCGCGCGCCCGUCUCGGGUGCUCCUCACACGUCGCUCCGUGCUCAUACGACAACGCUGGUUGGCUCCAAUAUAUUUGUGUUCGGAGGGUGCGACUCGCGUGCUUGUUUCAACGAGCUCUAUGUCUUUGACGCCGAUUCCUUUCACUGGUCUGUACCCCAUGUCACGGGCGAGAUCCCUGUUCCGCUGCGCGCAAUGACAUGCACCGCCGUGGGCAAGAAACUCGUGAUAUUUGGUGGCGGCGAUGGGCCUGCCUACUACAAUGACAUAUACGUUCUCGACACGACCAACUUCCGCUGGCACCGACCCAAGAUCACAGGCGAACGUUCCCCCUCGAAACGCCGGGCCCAUACGGCCUGCCUGUAUAAGAACGGAAUCUACAUCUUUGGAGGUGGCGAUGGUGUGCGUGCUCUGAAUGAUGUCUGGAGGCUUGACGUCAGCGACAUGAACAAGAUGUCGUGGAAGCUCGUCUCCGGACCAGAGCGGAUCCCGCCUCCCGGGGUCCGGGAAACCCGCCCGAAACCCCGCGGAUAUCACACCGCCAAUAUGGUAGGCAGCAAGCUCAUUAUCUUUGGCGGCUCCGAUGGCGGCGAGUGCUUCAACGACGUGUGGGUCUACGACGUCGACGCCCACAUCUGGAAGGCAGUCUCCAUCCCGCAAACCUUCCGCCGCCUGUCCCACACAGCCACCCUCGUGGGCUCUUAUCUAUUCGUCAUUGGCGGCCACGAUGGCAAUGAAUACUCUAAUGAUGUGCUUCUGCUGAACCUCGUCACCAUGACCUGGGAUCGCCGGCGUGUCUACGGCCUGCCGCCUAGUGGCCGGGGUUAUCACGGCACCGUGUUGUAUGACAGCCGUCUAUUUGUCAUCGGUGGCUUCGACGGCAGCGAGGUGUUUAGCGAUGUUUGGAUGUUGGAGUUGGCCGUGCAUGCAUAUUAUUCCCAAAUUAGCCACUUCACCAUCGAGGUUUGAGGCCUGUCACUCCGUUAUUGUUGCGUUUCUUGUUAUCUUGUGUUACCUCUUCCCCCCCUUCUUUUUCCUUUCUUUGUUAUUGUGAAAGUGUUCUCAAAAUUCGCUCAACUUGUAUCGUUAGACCUCAACAAACCCCUCACCAUCUUCUCAGCUACAGUACUUAUGCUUGAUGACGGAACGGCUUCAUAAAACCCCGGUGGGCGACAGGCAGGCGGGCAGGCAGGCAUGUAUUUUCCCUGUUAAAUAAAGUCACAAUUUGAAACCGCCAGCUGUCACUGUUGAUCAUGUGUGACGUGACGGACUCGUAACCUCCCAAGAUCUCGCGGAGCC